GAAGUGCUUCCUGUUCUGGUCGGCGCUUAGUCGUUGCGCGAUGCAAAAAUACAAGGUGAAGGAGCUGAUGAAGUCGGCCCCUUUUUUCGCCUUCGACUACGCCCGCGACUUCAUGUGCCUGCUGGCGGACGUGUAUGAGGGUCUGUGCGUCGGCUGGGAGAUGGUGUUUGACGAGGAUCGCCAGGAGUGGUGCAUGGACGGCGACACAAUCCCGGAGAUGAAGUGCGGUUUUUUUGCGCAGUUGGCGCUCCAGUUUGAAGCACACAAACAAAAGUCCUGGUGCACCUCCGAGCGCGGCUUUGUGCUCGAUGUUUCUCCUACCUUUGCCGACGUCGCCGAAGAUGCUGCUGAUUGGGUUUCGGGUCUUACUCGGGAACAGACUAAUGCCGGACUAUUUGUUCUUGGCGGAGACCGGUGGCGGAUGCUGAGCGAGUCGGUUUUGCCCGGCAACGACACCCUGAAGCGCGCUAUUCUUUGCCACUUGUUGAAGGUGGAAUACGCCGAGGAGCAGCCGCACGAGUGGGACGACGCCGUGAUCGACUCGACCGAUUGGACGAAAAACAAGC